UCACCCCUUGUCCAGGUGGCAGCCAAACCUAAAGAGUAGUGUCGGUGUGAAACAAUAAUCUCAGUCCCAGAGAUGUCGGCAGGAUCUCAGCACUUUCUACCACUCGGUCUAUGGAUAUUUCUCUUCAUCUUCACUACUGCAGUAGCAGGGGUGAACCUGGAGGGGGAGCUGUUCAAGGACCUGAUGAGAGGCUACAACAAGAACAUCCGGCCCAUGGAGAAGAGUGGUGACAUCACACAGGUCACCGUCAAGAUGACCCUCACCAACCUUAUUUCCCUGAAUGAAAAGGAAGAAGCCCUUACAACCAGCGUCUGGAUUGAAAUGAAAUGGUGUGACUACAGGCUGAGGUGGGACCAAUCUCCCAGGUCUAUCCUGUACGGAAACCUCACCUCCCAGAUGAGGAUCCCAUCCAAGAGCAUCUGGCUGCCUGACAUCAUCCUGGAGAACAAUGUAGACGGAAAGUUUGAGAUAGCCAUGUACUGUAAUGCCCUGGUGUCUCCUGGUGGCUGUGUGUACUGGCUGCCUCCUGCCAUCUAUCGCAGCGCCUGCUCCAUCACCGUCAACUACUUCCCCUUCGACUGGCAGAACUGCACCAUGGUGUUCCGUUCCCAGACCUACAACGCUAACGAGAUAGAACUAGUUCUUACAGAGGAGGACAACCAGCCUGUGGAGUGGGUGGUGAUCGACCCCGAGGCUUUUACAGAGAAUGGGGAGUGGAUUAUCAAACACAGGCCUGCUAAGAAGAUGAUUAACCAGCGCUACACUAAAGAUGAGUUAGAGCACCAGGAAGUGGUGUUCUUCCUGAUGAUCCAAAGGAAACCUCUAUUCUACGUCAUCAACAUCAUCGUUCCCUGUGUCCUCAUCUCAUCCCUGGGCCUGCUCGUCUACUUCCUGCCUGCCAAAGCUGGGGGUCAGAAGUGCACGGUGUCCAUCAUGAUUCUCCUGGCCCAGACUGUCUUCCUCAUCCUCAUAGCCAACAAGGUCCCAGAAACCUCCCAGACUGUUCCUCUUAUCGGAAAGUACCUGAUGUUUGUCAUGUCCGUGACCACCAUCAUAGUAAUGAACUGUGUCAUCGUGCUGAACCUGUCUCUAAGAUCCCCCAAUACACACAUCAUGAACAAUAAAGUCAGGAAGGUCCUGCUGAACAUCCUGCCUCGGCUGCUGAGGAUGCAGAUGCGACCGUGGACACCGUCUGAGGACUGUGACCUCAGUGAUGGAACCGGUAAUGGUCACAGUCACAAUACCGACAGUGGGAGUAACAUAUUCCUAGUCCCCUGCCGGCGUCGCAGCUCCCUAGGACUCAUCAUCAAGGCAGAAGAAUACGUCAUGAAGACGGCCCGGUCUGAACUCAUGUUCUCCAGGCUCAGAGAGAGAGACGGCCUCAUGAAAUCUGCACUGGAGAAGAUCUAUAACAGUCUUGAGGGGAGUACGGCACAAGACCUGGGGACCAGCCUGGCCCAGGCCUCACCGGAGGUACGCCAGUGUGUGGAAUCCUGCAAACAUAUUGCCAAGAGUGCCAGGCAACAAAACAACUUUGAGAGUGAGAAUGAGGAGUGGUUCCUGGUUGGCCGGGUGAUUGACAGGGUGUGCUUCAUCGCCAUGGCGCUGUCGUUCUUCAUGGGCACCAUCGGAAUCUUCCUGAUGGGGCAUUUCAAUCAGCCCCCCUCCGUACCUUUCCCUGGUGAUCCCAGGAAGUACCUUCCUCCGUUAGGGGAUAACAUCACCGAUCCCACUGGGAAUGACACUGGUGAAAAUCUACUGGGUUGAGAAAUGUCCAUAAACCAGGAAGAGGUCUGAAAAUGGCCCUAGAAAGGAAUGGGUUUUAGCACAGGUUAUUGUGGCUGCAGAAAGCUUUGAGAGAUCUUUGAUUAUGUAUGUAUUGGUGGUCUGAGACUGAAACUAAACCAUGUGGGUCUGUCACAGGUUUUGCAGUUUAUGAGUUUGCUCAUUCAGUGAGACAACAAAGAUUUUGACAGUGGAUUAUAGAUGUCCGUACUAAUUACAAAGGGAUAUGCUUGACCAUACGCACUGAUGCCUUG